AGGAACAUCUGCUCUAAAAUUUCGCUAAAGUUACGUAACAUCUAUUUUUUAAUGAAGCACCGCAGGGGCGGCGUUAAGGAAUAAGAAGGCUUAUUUAUCUUGGUUUAUAAAGCCGUUGUAUCGCUCAGCUUUUGACUCUACGCCAAAACCUCAAAGGGCCGCCAUCGCUGGACAGCCGUUACCAAGGUUACGGGCUACCAGCCGGCUGGCGGUAAUGACUUUGACAGCUAAAACCGGAAAUACAGCUUAAAAUGUUACCGAUAAACUUGGAAAAAUGAUGAUAUUACAGUUUCACCCUAAGUUAUAUUUACCUGUAUCCGUUACCGGAAAUGAUACCAUUCCUGUCCUGUAAAGUGGCACCUUUUAAAUGAAACAAUGGCCUUUGUAAUCGGUAACUUUUUAGGAAACGUUCGCCGUUUUUAUUUUCAGAUAAAUCAGACUCGAAGCUUCCUGCUCUGUAAGCGAACCAGUUGUUAUUUAAGGAAUAACUCAUUCCCUAUAUGUUCUUAUGCCAAAUAUACCCCUACUAAUUCGAUAGUCUGCGCGAUUAGACUGUCUUUUUUGCGAUGUGGCAACGUGAGGACAGCGUGUCCCCGGACAGGUCCCCUGCAGACACAGUGGGGCCCCCACUUCCACACCUCCACCCCCAGGAGAGCCCUUCCUGCUCCCCUCCUAUGGAUGCUGCUCAAACCUCUGCAGAAGCUUCUGGCUAUCCUCCUGGGAAGGAGUGUAAGGAAAUGGUGGGUGGCUUUACCAGACAACCGCCGACAGCUCAUGCAUGAAUGGAUCCGGAGGCGCCGCUGGCAUCUGGCAGCAGGGGCAGGAGUUACUUUGGUAAUUGUGGCCCUUCUGCUCCUAACACACCUGGACGAGUCCCCAGUGACAGGACGGCUCCGCCUCCUGGUGUUCAGCAGGGAUAAGUACAUGGAGCUGGCAGCUCUGACUUCAGAGGUGCACCUGGAGGAGUUUGCAGAGAGGCUGCUUCCUGUCACUGACCCUCUUCACCAGAUGGUGGAGCAGUCGGUGCAGCUCCUAGCACAGAGGAACAAGGACAUCCCUGAAGUGUCAGAAGUUCCCUGGAGUGUCCAUGUGGUCGAAGGGCCUCAAAUCAACGCCUUUGUCCUUCCUAAUGGAAAAGUAUUUGUCUUUACCGGGAUGUUGGGAGCUGUGGCAGAUGUUGACCAGCUUAUGAUCGUACUCGGACAUGAAAUGGCUCAUGCUAUACUGGACCAUUCAGCGGAACAGGCCAGCCUGUCUCAUGUCGUGGACCUCCUGGCUCUUAUUCUGGUGACAGCCAUCUGGGCAUUGUGUCCUACAGACAGCUUGGCACUGUUGGGAGGGUGGGCAAAGGACAAGCUCAUAGAGCUGAUGUUCCACCAUCCCUACAGUCGGUCGCUGGAGGCUGAGGCAGAUGAAGUUGGGAUGCAUUUAGCUGCUAAGGCCUGUGCAGAUGUGCGAGCAGGCCCUGUGUUCUGGCAGCAGCUGGAAAUCGUAGACAAACUCACAGGGAAUCCCACCAUGUCCGAGUGGCUGUCUACACACCCCUCACACAGGAACCGCUCCAGUCAGAUGGACCGGCUCGUACCACAGGCUCUGGAGCUGAGGGAAACCUGUGCAUGCCCUGCGCUUCCUCCUACUGACCCUAGAGCUGUCUUCUCAAAGACCGUCAAUGUGUUGCUGGAAAAAGCCAAAGAGCAGGGGGUCAGAGGGCUAGAGGGGAUACAGGAGCCGCAAACAGUUUCCGACACUGCAGGACGGCCAUUUUCUCAAACUGUACUCCCUUCUGCUUUUAAAGCGGAUCGGUUAAACAAAGAUAGGGUCCCUGCUGUCACGUCUGCGCUGCCCAGUGCUACAGGGGAAGGAUCCCAGCGUGUGCUGCAGAACAUCAGCCAGCAGGGGAGUUAAAUCCAAACAAACUCCACUGACUCUAUUGGAAAAACUUACUAGAGCUUAAAGGCUUUUGUUUCUGUGCUUUAGCUUUAUAGAGCCAUUUAAAAUGGGCUUUAAGUGCCCAAGAACGGAGAUCCCAACCAUUACGAUGCAGGCUACUUCAGAAGGGGAUGCUUGACAACGUUUUCUAAAAACAACAGGUGGCUGGGAGUAUGAUAAAUAAAAAAACAGGGCAAAAAGCCAACAAAACAAAAUUGACAAUGCUAUCCAUGUCUAGUGUCCAUAAAGAUGCCACUUUAAUCAGCUAACCUUGACCAGGGAAAUGCUGCAUUAAUUAGCAGAGCUCCCAUACUUUGUGAGAUUAAUAUGUGCAUUAUUCAUCAACGCACGGCAAAAGCCGGGAAGAAGCACUUAGGUGUGCAUGUUUGAUGCUGCGUCCACAGUGAGGUGAGGACAUCUACGUUCUCGCUGCCACCGCAGCAUUCUCAUGCAACACACACUUUAUGCAUUCUCUAGCCUGAGGGAUUUAAUCGGGUAAAUUGAUGCUGGGCUGUUUAAGGACCCAGCCUCCUGCAUGGGAAUACCAAUGUCAAGGCGUCGAGCUUUGAGAAAGAAAUUUCAUGGGAUUCUUAAAAAAAACUCUUAUUUAACAAGGCAAGCAUAGUGAGAAAACAUUGAUAUUUACAGCAACAGCCUCGGGGAGCAGUCACGCACGGAGCAGGGGAGGGCAGCUAUGGUUCAAAGCUAAUGCUGUUCUCUUAUGUGCGGCUGUGCGCUGAAAUUAAAUGGUACACUUGGAAACACCAUGAAAUCAAAUUCUACUGCUGUGUUAUCAUCGCUGAAAAUGAUUUUAUUUAAGUUAUGCUUUUUAGAUGCAGACCCGGCCGAAGUUCCAGCUCGAGCAGCUAUCCGGAGCAGCAAAGGGUCUGUUUAAGAAACUAUAUCUCUAAUGGAUUAUAUGGUGUGCAAUUGCUUUCAAUAGAUGCAAUAAAUGAAACAAAAAUCCUAAAAACCAAA